CCGCUUAGUCGUAUUAAGAAAACGAAGCGCUUUAAAUCGUUUGCAUCACACGGUUUGUGUGUUUUGAUUUUUCUUCGAAUUUUUACUAUAAACCUCUAUUGCAAAGCGCAUUAUUUUUGUGUACCCUAAUUCCGAUAAUCAAUCUUCAAAAUGGCCAUUGGCAAGAAUAAUAAAAUGGCUCAGCACCUAAACUACCGAGUGCGCAUCGUAUUGCAAGACUCGCGUACGUUUAUCGGUACAUUCAAAGCAUUCGACAAACAUAUGAAUCUAAUCUUAGGAGAUUGCGAAGAAUUCAGAAAAAUUCGACCAAAGAACAACAAAUUGCCGGAACGUGAAGAGAAACGUGUUCUUGGUUUUGUUUUAUUGCGUGGUGAAAACAUUGUUUCAUUGACAGUUGAAGGUCCACCACCACCAGAAGAAGGUUUGCCACGCGUUCCAAUUCCAGGAGCAGCAUCUGGACCAGGUAUCGGUCGUGCCGUGGGUAGAGGUAUUCCAGCCAAUCUCGGCUCAAAUGUUUCGGCCGGCUUACAAGGACCAGUUCGUGGUGUUGGCGGACCAUCGGCACAACAUAUGGCACCUGUUGGCCGAGCUGCGGUAGCGCCACCACAAAUGCGACCACCUCAAAUGAUGGCCGGCCCCCCGACUGGAAUGAUGCAAGGUAUGCCACCAAUGGGAAGAGGUAGCGGUAUUCCACCACAAAUGAGACCACCAAUGAUGCCGCGGGCUCCACCACCAGGUGGACGAGGAGGCACCUUCUAAUUUGAUAUGCCACAUUUUAUCAAUUUUGAUAACGAUAAUUCCACAUCAACAACUAAUUUCGAUUUUAUUAAUCGAUUGUAAAACUCAACCAAUACUAUUAAAUUCAGUUUCAUAUGCAAAAAAA